UGUUCUGGAAGUUCGUCUGGAGCAGAAAGAGCAGCCAGAGAGCUGUUCUCCUGGUUGGCCUCUGUGACGCAGGGAAAACGCUCUUGUUUGUCAGGCUGCUCACAGGCCAUUACAGAGACACGCAGACAUCCAUCACGGACAGCUCUGCUAUGUACAAAGUCAACAACAACAAGGGCAACAGCCUGACCUUGAUUGACCUUCCCGGGCACGAGAGCUUGAGGCUUCAGUUCCUAGAUCGGUUUAAGGCUUCAGCCAGGGCGAUCGUGUUUGUGGUGGACAGUGCGGCAUUCCAGCGCGAGGUAAAAGACGUGGCCGAGUUUCUGUACCAAGUCCUCCUCGACAGCGUGGGUCUGAAGAGCGCCCCGUCCUUCCUCAUAGCCUGCAAUAAGCAAGAUAUUGCAAUGGCCAAGUCAGCGAAGUUAAUUCAGCAGCAGCUCGAGAAGGAACUCAACACCUUGCGCGUGACCCGCUCUGCAGCCCCCAGCACCCUGGACAGCUCCAGCUCUGCCCCUGCCCAGCUGGGAAAGAAAGGCAAAGAGUUCGAAUUCUCCCAGCUGCCCCUCAAAGUGGAGUUCCUGGAGUGUAGCGCCAAGGCCAGCAAAGGGGACCCGGCCUCUGCCGACAUCCGGGACCUGGAGAAGUGGCUGGCCAAGAUCGCCUGAGAGGAAGGGAGUGUGUGUGUGUGUGUGUGUGUCUGUGAGUGUGUGUGUGUGUGUGUAGAGGGUGUGUGUGUGUGU